UACUUGUGUAAGAUUGUUUGUGUGAGUGGGUGUGUUGCUCUCUGCUGGGUGUGUGUUUGUGUGUGCGCGCCAGGGUGCGUGUGUGUGUGGGUUGUUUUUUUUUCUAGAGAUGCCGAGGAAGAAGAACUUCAGGAUUUCGCAGGCAGCGAGGAGGAGUGCUGCGGACAGACGGACCCUUGACGUUUCUCCUCAGGUUCCCAUGGACCGCUGUGCACCGCAUGGCACUGGGCACCGGCACAAGGUGAGGAGGUGGGAGGUGUCGGUGCUCACCGGGCGGCAGCACAAGUUGGUUCUUCCGCCGGAGUCCCACGGCAAAAAGGUGGUUUUUGCUAUUGGUGACUCCCAUCUUCGAAGCCUUGCAGAUGGCAUCGUGCGGUUGCCUGAGGGUCGUCUGGCGUGGGGGUUCAUGUCAACGCCGGGGGCAAGCGCCACCGAGUUGAGAACUGAGGUGCUUCAUGCUGAGGUGCCUCAGGAUCCCGACUUGGUGUGCGUCUUGGCUCCGAGCAAUGACUUGACCGCCAAGCACACCAUCGGUCGUGCGGCUGCAGACUUCGAGCGGUACCUAGCCACCGUCUGCAGUCGCUGGCCGAAGGUGUGUGUGCUGGACUUUCCUCCGAGGUUGACCGUUGAGGACUCCCUGCAAGAGCUCUACCGCCAGGAGUUCCACCGUGUGGCAGCCCGCAUGGCUGUGAAGUACUUCCACAUCGCGGACCACUUCCCCCGGCAGUGUCUCAACCUGUGGAGUCGCGAUGGUGUCCACCUGAGUGAUGACGUCGGCAUGGAGAUCUUCGCCCAGCUGCUGUGGACGGUUGCUUACACGCAACUGGAGACCGUGCCGCCAGCCCCGCCGGUGUCUCGUCCAUCCCCACCUUCUCGCUUCACUCCCCGUGUGGUUGUGAAGGGAGAGGUGAGGGUGCGUCGCAGCCCUGGGCCCGAGGAGUGGACUGUCGUUGGUCCGAGCGGCAAGUCCUCUGGAGGAUGCAGUGCAGUUCAGCGGGAGCCGGCUGGCAUCCCCCUGAAUCCUGUGCUGUUCAGCAGUGAGAUGUUGGAGGAGAUGGAGAAGGUUUCUCCAUCAAAUCUGACAUCUCCUGCUGACUUCGCUGGUGUUUCACCGCCAAAGACGCUGCGUGUGAAACACCACUCCAAGAGGACUCGAAGGGCCGCAUCCAGCCGAGGGAUUUCUUCUGACUCCAAGGCCGCUCUGGAGUCGAAGAAGGUCGGGGCAACGUCCAGGCAUCCGGUCCCUUCUGGCCGCACUGACGAGACGACGGUUGAGACAACACAGAGCCCGGGUGUGUUGUCUUCUACUGAUGAAGAUGAGGCAACUACUGCGAAGGUAAGUGAGGUGAGUAUGGGUAAUGUUGAUGUUGUUAGGGGUUCAGUUCACCAGGGGCACAGUCGGUUUAGGAAUCCGGGAGUUCAGUGUAUGGCGAUAGGGUUGGUUAGUUUGGCCAGACAUAUGGUGUCUAGUGUGUUCAAUUGGAAGACAGAAGAUUUAGAUUUAGCUCUGUGGUUAGGAGAUCAGCUCUAUACGCAUCUGAAGGACCAUGGUCUAAUUCCUCCAGGAGAAGACUUUUUGAUGAUCCCAGAGUUGCCGAAAGAGCACGUUUUAUACUGGCAGAACUUUAAGUUUUCGUUCCCUGAGACUGUCAGUGGUGAUGUCACUGUGACUGAAGGAGAGUUCAUUGAGUGUGGAGCAUUUGUGACUCUAGAACAUGGGCUGGAAAGGAUGUUAUCUCAGUACCAGACAUGUCUUUUGACCUUGUGUUCAAAUACAUGUGCUGUAAUUUCUGCUAGUGGUAGGUUUGCUGUUGUUGAUUCUCAUUCACGCAGUGCUACUGGCAUGGUGGAUGUUAAUGGUACCAGUGUAGUGUUGUACUUUGGUUCCAUUAGGGAAGUGUUUGAUCACUUUAGUUGUUUGGCAGCGAUGUUUGGUGGUGAAAGCAAGCCUUUUGAAAUAAAUGGUGUUGAUGUGAGUAGGGAGUGUGAAUCUGAUGAUGGCAAUAAGCAACGUGUAAAACGUCAGCUGUCAGCAGAUUGUGAUGAAGUUGGCCUUUCCAGCCCAUCUAAACAUACGCCAAAGAAAGGCCGUAUUAAUGUUUCGAUGGUUGUUUCAGAUGAAGAGUUUGCUGUUGAGGAACAGGUUUUGGUAAGUCGGCAGGUUAGUUCAGAUGUGGAAGUGGUCAGUGAAGGACAUGAAAAGCUUAUGUUUAACCCUCUCUGUGAAAAUACUUGUCAAAGAUUGUGUACCAAAUUAAAUAUAGAGUGUGAAAGUGUAAAUAGCGCUGCGUCUAGUCGUGUCGGCGAAUUAGGCGUUCCGUGCCAAAAUAGAGACAUAGUUGCUGAUGGUAGCUGCUAUUUUAGGGCCGUUUCUCAGGCAGUGAGUGGCACACAAAAGCAUCACAUUAAAAUUAGGAGAGCGGUUGUUAAAUAUUUAAUGAAAAAUGAUUUGAAAUAUAAAAGUAGUUUGAGAGAAGGUUAUUCCUCUGUGGCAGAUUACGUAGACAAAUCAAAAAUGCGUUAUGUUAGCAGCUGGGCGACAGAAUUAGAAAUACAAGCCACAGCAGAUUUGUUGGGUAUUAAUGUCUUUACAUUUAUUGGUGGUCGUUGGCUAAAGUAUGGAUGCAGCAGCAGUUGUGUGUCAGAAAAAUCAAUUUAUUUAGAAAACUGCCUUGGUAAUCAUUAUGAAACUGUAGUUUGCGUUAAAGAACCCAAACUAGAAACUUGUUAUGGAUACUGUAAAGUAAAUCUUUCAGAAGCGUGUCGUACUAGAUUGUCAGGCAAAGAUUUAAUUAGAGAUGCUUCAUCUGAAAGUGACACGUCAGUUUGCAAAAAGGACAUAGAGCGCGGUGUAUAUAUUUCUAAAUAUAAUAAAGUAAUGAGAAGAACCCAAAUUAGGAAUAUGAAUAAAAUAAAGUAUGCACUAGAUGCGCGUCACCGUGAAAAUGUGAAAGACCGAAAAAAAAAUAAGAUAUGCCCUAGAUGCGCGUCACCGUGAAAAUGUGAAAGACCGAAAAAAAAUAAGAUAUGCCCUAGAUGCGCGUCACCGUGAAAAUAUGAAAGACCGAAGAAAAGUAAGAUAUGUACUAGAUGCGCGUCACUGUGAAAAUGUGAAAGACCGAAAAAAAAUAAGAUAUGCAAAAGAUGCGCGUCAUCGUGAAAAUCAGAAAGACCG